UACGUUAUUUAAGUUAUUUAUCUGAAGGUUGUUGUGAAGGACACUGUUUAAAAUGUCUUUUACCUUUACUUUACAUACAUCUUUGUAAAGGUAAAUACAUCACUGAAACACAGACGUCACCUCGUAGCCCUUCCGCUUUCCCCGGUUUAAAGGUCGUUACCAUGGAAACUGUAAAGAGGCGGAAGAAACAAAUACAGUUUGUUCAGUUUUCCCUCGAUAGACUGCCAGGACAUUAUACACUUGUAUUGUGUGUGGAUGAAUUAAAUUAGCUGGCGAACACUGUAUUUAGAUUGAUAGACAGAUAAAAGUAAAAUAAAAGUAAAGGAAAAACUAGUAGACAUUAGAAACGCAAUAUAAGUUAGUGUAACUAGCUAAGCCUACGGAUAAUAAUAAAAAAAAAAAAAAAGAAAGAAAGAAAGAAAAAAGAAAAGGAUGUCUAUGUCCAUUUCCCCUCUUGCAAACCCAAAAGGAACGAAGAAACUGUGCGAGCUUUGUCAGAAGCCAGCUCACCUCCAGUGCCCAAACUGCCGUGUGACUUUCUACUGUGAUGCUGCUCACCAGCAGGCAGAUUGGAAUAGCAUCCAUGAGAAAGUGUGCGAGCUGCUGAUCUCUGUACGAACCCCUGCACCAUUCUACUGUUUCCAGGCUGACAGAGACUUCCAUCAUAUUCAGACUCUGAAAAAAUUGGAGCACAUAACAGAGCUCUCCCAUGCUGCAGCUAAGAGCUGGGUCUCGGCAGGGAAGUACAGCGAGGCGAUUCCAGCAGCUCAGCUCUCCCUGCGCUGUGCUAUUGACAUUUACGGCCCUGAUGUUGUUGAACUGGUGCCAGCCUACUUGCUGCUUGCCGAGGCCAGUAUAGGUUUAGGUUCUCUGUCUCAGGCCGAAAGCUGUCUCUCACAGGCAGAGUGGAUGGUGAUGAAGAAUCCAGGCUGCAGUCGGACAGUUCUUCAUUUGCUCCACAGAACCCUGGGCCGCUUGUACUCAGCCACAGGAGACUACAGUUCUGCCCUGUUGCACUUCGCCAAUGAUGUGUACUAUGCGAGUGAAGAGUUUGGUUUGGACAGUGUGGUGACGGCUGGAGGCUAUUUCUUGAUGGCAAAUGUGUUCAUGAAACAAGAGAAGACAGAUAUUGCAAACUCACUUUACUCAGAGGUUGCUAGUACGUGGCAUGCUCACCUGUCUAAGUUGAUGGAGAGUUACAGUCAGAAGGAACAUGAAGGAGCACAAUACUUUGAUGUGGCACAUUGUGCAGAGGUGAAUCGGAUGUUGAGCGUGAUGUUAGAGGCUCAGCAGCAGGAUGUAAAUACACAUCCUGCUUACAGCACCACACUGGCUCACUCUCUAGGUCAGAGGGCGUUGCUUUCUCACUCACUCGCCAUGCUCUGGUUCCUCUGCAAUGACCACAAAAAGGCGCUGGACUUUGGCAGGAAGGCAGCCGAGUUUAGCCAGCAGUGUGAACACAACAGCCUGGCUGAGUCCAUUCAGAGUCUUAUACAACAAGCAGAAACACACCUCAACCCAGAACAAACACCCAUCAUUCACCACUAACUAAUACAUUCAACACUCAUAUACUAACACACUUAAUAAUAACCAGUACACUCAACACUCAACACACACCCCUGACUAAUCAUAAAGCACCUAGCCCUCAUAGAUUCACUGCUUACUCAUAACCUCAAUAUAAAGAUGUGCAUAGCACUCACAGUCCUCAAAUAUAUAAAUUACACAAUUAAAAAAAAAUACUGUUCU